AUGGCGAGCGGCAAGGAAGAUGCGAGCCGAUAUUCCGAACGAACGACGCACUAUAGUACAGCUACUCCAGAGGAACGCAUGCUGCAGAGUGGGGAGCUGCCCAGAAGUUUUGCAUCGCUACGGAGACGCCCCGAUCGCAGCCACCGGCCCAUGUCGGCAGGGCCAUGCGUGCUUUCCAAUCAAACUCAGGAUAGCGCCGCCAAUGCUCUUGCCUCGCAGCUUGUACUUGUGUCUCCAAGGAAUAACGCCGACAUAGACACCGCCCCAGCCUCACUGAUGCCACCUAAGCAACAACGAGCAGCGUCGGCGGCUCCUACUCGGCCCACAACCAACUCGAAUCCUCGAAAUUUGCUACGUCCAAAAAGCAGCACGGCGCAGCGAAAACUGACUGCCACUUCAGCAGACCCUGAAAGAGUGCCGUCGUCAUCCAUUCAUUUGGCAGGCCCAUUGCAUCGUACGGCCACCAACAACAACCAACACGCGUCGCCUGGGAUCCUUGCUGGAUCAUCGUUGAAAGUUCCACCUUCGUCGGCACCUCUGUUUCAUCCUUCAAAUGAGGUGGUGCUGCCUCGUGAAUCGGGUCCACCGCCUUCUCGACCCCAGAGCGCCGCCGCGACAAAGCUGUUGUCGAAGAGAUCGAACCGACCGCAAACGGCUGCAGCGUCGGCCUCGAAACGUGUCAAAUCUGCAAAGACAAGGCGCGAGCCAUCCGCAGAACCCCAAGAAAACGAUGUAGCAGACAUGCACGUGUCCACGGUGGAGAAAUCUCUGGACUUGCACUUGGGCAGCGGGAAUGGAAAACCCUCGUCUCCCCUCAAAGCCAAGCACUGGUCCCCACCCAAGCACUUUGUAACAUUGCGCCAAACUCCCAUGAAGUCUCCGUCAAAGUCCUCGCAGUUGACAACGCCAACCACGUCGUCACGUCCACCCACCUCGUCCGACAGUUUGCAACCCGUGCGGGACAGCAUUGAAGCGUGGAUGAGCCGCAAACAAACCGAAUUGGCCGACGAUUCUGACAAGUCGAAUCUCCACGCGACGUUCCAAUACGCCGUUCCAGCGCAUCACUUUGAUCGAUCAGCUCCGUAUGACCCGUACACGAUCACCUACGUGCCGUUUCAUACCGUGUACAAUGCCCACGACGGCGGGGUCCGCGGACUCCAGUUUACAGACGACGACCGGCUAAUCGACCAGCAAAUCGCGUGUGACUUUUACGUGAUGAGCCCCAAGAACGUGUUGUUCUACAACAAGGAUCAUGCCACGGUCAUGCUUCAGUCCUUGAAGGAGUGGGAACGGGAGCGGCGAAUUUUUCAAACGCUCAAGACACUACCCCUCUUCAGCACGUAUCGCCGUACCAAAGCGAUGAAGUGCUGGGUGUCCCAUCACAUUUUGCGCAAGCGACAGCGCUGCAAAGACCUGCUGAACGACCUAGUGUACUUUUGCAACCCCAUCUUUUACGCCACGAUGAACGCCAUCCAGGACAAGAUCAUGGGGUUGCACACACAACUCCUGUUUUACGUUGACCGCGCGACCGUCAUCUCCCCACACGAGUUUCAACGGCGCCAGGAACUUCAUAUCCAGAGACUAGGCCUCGAGUUCUUCGCCCUGUGCGACGCAAUUCGCCAAGUGCUGGUGGACAUGUCCCACAAGUACUUGUCGCAUUACUCGUCCACGGACGCCGUGAUCAAGUACGCCGACGUGUCGCUCACGUCGCGCAAAAGUACCACGUUUCACAUGGAUCAAUUCUUUGGCACGAUUCAGAAGAAGGCGUCGCAUUUCUCGCCGCUGGCCCCGUGCAGCGAGGACCCGACCGUGGCUGGGGAGCUUGACUUGGUCGCGAUACGUGCCGAGCUCCAACGUAGUCGCGUGCGCGCCAAGUCGCGCGAAAGCAUCAAGGAAAAGCCGACGAUGGACGCGAUCAAGUGGUCCGUGGCGGCCGUAAAACGAGCUCGGUGUAGUGAACUGUCGCGGUUCAUUCGCCGCGUGGACUACAUGUUGUUGGACGCGUUCCACGGUGUGAUCAAUCGAAGUGCCGCCGUCUUGGGCGAACUGCUCGAGUCGGGGGCGGGCAAGUCGUCGUCACUGCUCUUGUCCAAGGAUGCAUACAUGCGAGCGUACCAUCGCUUUGACAUUUACGGCAACGGGUCGUUGGAUGGUGCGCAAAUCACGCGCCUCUUGCACCAUGUGUUUGAUGGCAAGUUGACUGACACGGCGCUGGACGACCGCGUGGGGUUGUUCAUUUCCGUGUUUGACGAAAACGGGGACGGCGAUGUCAGCAUCGAGGAAUUUUCCAAAGGACUGGACGUGGUGCUGGAUGUCGAGCGCAUGGAGCAAUUUGACGUGUCGGCCAACAGCAUUUAUGAAACCAAUCGCUUGGCCCACACCAACUUGUUUAUCCCGGUUCCGUUGUUUGAAGUAAACGUCGUGUUUGAUGGUGCCCACGGGUUGUCGUUCGACCCGCCGCUGAAAUCCGUCCAAAGUGCCAUCGAAAUGACACUUCGGGGAUUUUUCGACGCCAACGAACACGUCCAACGAUUGAUUCAGGACCCGACUAUUGUCCCCGUAUUGACGUUUUACGAUCAAGUCCGGACAUGUCAAUUGGAGGCCGUGCCCCCCCAGAAAUCGGGGGGAGGGGGGGGUCCCCCUUCCGAUGCCCCCAUCUCGGUCAUCCUAUUUGAACGUGCAUCGCAAGACCAAGCGUACAUGCAUUUGUGUGAGCAUAUAUUUGAUAUCGUCAAGGGCUCUAUUUGUGGAUGCCAAGCGUACGCCAACUGCUUCCUGCCGUUAUGUGACGAAUUCGACUGGAACAAUGGUCUCGACUUUGACGAGAUUGCGCAGAAGCACAUGGACGGCACGUACGACAUUGAACGACUAACACAGGACGUGAAAACGUUUCACCACCAGAAAUUAAUGCUCGAAGAUUUGGUCGUUUCACAAGACAUUCAGCUGAUUCGUGUCAAGACGCUUGCGUUGAAAACAGCACUGUUGCCAUCGCCCGUGCGCUGUCUCAAAGAACUGGAGCGUAUCUUGCCCAUUCUUGCGGAGAAGAACAUUGCCAAGCUCUUGACGUACAUUGAGCUCGUCGCGUCCAAGAUACAACGCCCCCCUGCCAAGGAUCUGGAAGCGUUUGUCACUUACAUUCUGAACCUCAAGGAAAUCAACGACGAGUUGCCGUCAAAAGACCUCGAAGCCGCACAAAUCACAGACUACUUGGGGCUGAUCACCGACUCGGGCUUUCACAUUCCAAGUCAAACCCAAGCCAUUUACGACUUGGUCGAGCCCGAACUAAGCACGUUGAAAUCCGCUGUCACUAACUGCAUGGCCAGACGAGACAUGGACAUUCGAGAGUAUGCCGUGCUCUUGGAUCAGAAAAUACAGCACCUGGAGGCGAACAUUGCGUACUUGCAGACCGAGUCAUGCGCCGAGCAGCUGUUUGAGGCGGACACGGAAGCGUUGAAUGCGCUGGCGUUCACGGGCAACUUGAAGCAGCUCGCCACCGACUACACGGUCCGCGCCGACCGCUUUGUGUUUGUGCGUUCGCUCUUCAACGAGUUCUUGCCCGCAUGUAUGCCCGACGUGCCGUCCAAUGGAAAUGCCAUUGGCUACUUUGCCUCGCUGCCGAAACUCACGGCCAACAUCAACUUGAAACAUUCCAUGUGGACGUUGAUUAUGGAGGCCGAUCAGUCCAUUUCAAGCUGGGGGGACAUCGAUCUGCGACACAUGCCUCAAGAGGCCAUGCACGACCUCCUCGACCGCGUCACGGCACUCCAUGGGGUGUUGGGGGUGGAACUCCCCACGAGUCCCGUCACAGCACGCGUCUUUGAGUUGAAAGAAUUGCUUUCGCAUACGACGUCAAUCGUGCAAAACCUGUGCAACGCGCACGUCGAAGAGCGGCACUGGCAAAAGCUCGAAAACAAACUCUGCGUGGCGUUCCAGUACGAAGUCGAGCCCGCGACGAACGCUGCGUCGAGUGAUGACCAGCGGUGUCUGGUGCGGCAGGUCGACGUUUCGUUCAAGUACCUCAUGUCCCUCAACAUCCACGACAAGCACGCCGACAUUAACGAGAUUGUCCAAGAAGCGGUCACCGAAGCCGCCAUUAGCAAGAGCCUCCAUGAUGCCAUCCGUGUGUGGGAAACAAAAGAAAUCGCGUUUUCAUAUUGGACCGACAGCGACACUCGCGACAUUGUCGUAUUGGGAGACACCUCCGAGUGCAUCAACAUGCUCGAAGAGUCCGAUAUGCUGCUGCAAACGAUCAUGGGGUCAUCGUACAUUCGACAUGUCCAGCCGCUCGCUACCAAGUGGAAACAUGAAGUGAACGACAUGAUGGAGAUCAUGGGUCGACUGGACGAAUGCAAAAACUAUUGGGAACACAUGGAGGUAUUCUUGUCACCGGAAUUUUUGCGGGCGCUGCCAGGCCAAGUUCGAGCAUACACGGAACUCGACCGCGCGUGGAAAGUGCUGCUGGAUAAGUUGAGUAAAAAUCCAUCCCUUGUUCGAACAGCUCGGACGCAAGGGUUAAAGGAGCAGAUCAUCCAACUCAGCCAAGGGUUUGAAGGCAUCUACAAGACCUUGGAAGGUUAUUUGGAGAUCAAACGGCAGAGCUACCCACGCUUCUGCACCUUGUCCGAUUCGGAGCUCACGGAUUUGAUCUCAGCCUGCCGAAACCCGCACAACAUUCAGCAGUACCUUCCAUCUUGUUUUCCCAGUCUGGGGGUGGUGAGUUUCGACAACGACGACAAAUCGAUGGGAAUCGUUGCGGUUCGGUCGCCCCCGAGGCCGUUCGAAGAGGUGAUCUCCAUGGGGAAAAACCUCAAGGCCCGGGGCUACGUCGAGCAGUGGCUAUCCCACAUGGAUCGGCGGUUGUCGGAACGGUUGCAGAAGAUGAUCAAGGACCUCGUUGCGUACUUCACUGCGAACGUGACGCAACGCACAUGGGAUUUGAACUACCUGCGCGAGUUUCCACUGCAGUGCAUUGUCGUGGCCAAUGACAUUACCACAACCGCCAACUUUGGCCACAAAGUGGCGCAAAUGGAAGUGUCCACUACGACUUCAGUCCGCAUCAAGCAACUGACCGUGUCGUUGACGAGUGGCGACCGGUUGUUACAUCCGUGCUUGGUGAGUACGUUGCUGCUGCAGCAGUUUUACUACCGAGACACGUUGCUACACUUGAGUGAGAUUCCGUGGGCAAACCAUCCGCAUUAUGUCACGACCGACGAUGAAGUGCACUUGGCAGUUGGGGACCUUGCACUUCCAUAUGGAUAUGCGUACCACAACCCCACAGAGUCGUACUUGGUCGUCACCCCCGUCACAGAGCGCUACUUGCUUGCCGUAUUCAAUUGCGUAAAACAUUACCAGGCGGGUGUGGUGUCUGGUGGCGCGUGCAGUGGCAAAACCAGCUUGUUGCAACUAGCCACAAUCAUGUUGGGCCGAGAUUUGAUCCAAACGUUUUGCACGAGCAUUACGUCGUUGAAGCAAAUUCACCGCUUCAUCACGGGCGGCAUUGGGUGUGGAGGGACACUACUCCUUCGAAAUGCCGACCUCCUAGUCGGCCCGAUUCUAUCGUUCAUCAACGUUGUCGUGUCCACUAUCAUGAAUUCAGCGUUGACAACCAAGCAUGCCAUCACGUUGGACGACCGAGAACACGUUAUUGACGCUGGUAGCAUGAUCAUGCUCACCACAUCGUCGUUGUCGUCGUGCCCAGUGUCCCCUAACCACUUUCGAGCGUUGUGUGAGUCGCUGUCGUCCAUCUCCGUGAUGUGUCCGGCCAUGGAGCAGAUUCUGCACGCGGUCUUCUUCUGCUACGGCUUUGACCAAGCGUUGACGCUGGCAAGGAUGUUGAGUUUGGUGUGGAAUGAAAUGCGAGGGGUGGCCCUUCGACUCGCCCCCGAGAAGAACCACGCACGAUUCUUCACCAUUCAUACUGCAAAGCAUUGCGCGAAGCUCAUGCUUGGUCGGCACAUAUCGGACGAAAUCCAGCUGCUCAAGGACACUCUGCAAGUGUAUUUGACGACAGGGCUGCAUCUCCCCCCUGAUAUUCGCACCUACGCCAUGUCGUACAUCAAAUCGCUGUGGCUUGUUAAAGACUACACCUCCGUUUCCACCCACACUGACGACGGCAGCGGCACCACCAUCAAUCAAUCGGACUUUCAAACGAUGCUCAAGGGGACGUACACCAGACAUUACUUUGUUCCGUCCGAAGCCAGCUUACACGUAGCGUCCGCUCUGAUGCAAGCCGUUGCGUCCCAUAGAAGUAUCAUACUGUGCGGUCCUUUGAAAACUGGGAAAACGACGUGUGUCAACAUGCUGGCGGCGGCCCUGAACGAUCUGUUUGUGGACGUGGAUGGCGCUAACCCGACGCUGCCCCAGUUUCCAGACCCCCCUCCACAAGACUCUCGUUUCAUUGUGAUCAAGACGCUUCUUCCGAUGUCGUUGUCCAUGGCCCAACUGUACGGCGGAAGCGUCGAUGGCAACACAGACACUUCAUUGAUCAAAAGCGUGGUGACGGAAAACGUGCCAUGUCCGCUUCCCCACUCUGCGGAGGGAUUCAAAACGAACGCCACCGACACCGUACCUCGCGACGUCGCCCCCCUUUUGACCCACCGGCAGCGUGUGUGGCUUGUCUUGGACGGAUCCGUGGAAGCCGCGUGGACCGAGCACAUCUUGAGUCUCGCCAGUCCGUCGCCAUCGUCCAGCGUGACUUCCGGACUGAGUCAAUUCAGUUUGCUUGAGAGCGAUGACACGUUCACACUGCCGUCGAAUGUCACGGUAUUAUUUGAAACGGUGGACCUGGACCAUGCAUCGCCCACGCUUGUCCUCAACUGCAGUUUGAUUCACUCAUCUCCCUUCCAUCAACCCGUCAAUGAUGCUAAUACGUCGUCGGUCAGACCAUUGCAGCAGCCCCUCCACAAGCUCUUCCUCAUCGGAGCCAUCGCUCGCGUCCGAGCGCAGAUCGCCGUACUUCCUUUGGUGUGCGAUCUCUUGACCAAGUACUUGGUGGACUCGACCCUUAUGGAUCGGUUGCUUGAAGUGCUGAGCGAAGGCACGUUGCACGCUCACUUGUCCCCUCUGCACACGGCCCAAAAUGUUAUGACGCUCGUGCAGUCCAUGCUGUCCAUUCAACCCGGCGUCGACUAUUCCCUUUGGACAAAAGCCCUGGACGUCGAUCCUGCCGCGAGCCUCAACGAGCCUCGCCACGUGUUGACCCGUCAAAUCGAAUUGGCAAUCCUGUGGUCCAUCGGGUGGGGAGUCGGCAGCUCUGCGUCUAGUCAGACCAAGCGCCUCGUCACCAGUGUUCUGCAGCGGGAGUUUGAACAUCUCCAAGACACGUGGGCCAAUUGCGGUGGUGGGGACAUGGGACUGUAUUCGUGGGUGUUGCAUCUUGCGACAGUGACGUUUCGGCCGUGCAAAGACGUGUUGUGCCCACCCUCGGGCACUCGAGACCUGUCGCCGUUCUCGAUUUACAUUCCUCGCGUCGAAAGUACGCUUGUCCAGUUGGUCUCCAAGCAAGUUCUUCGAUCUGGCGUUCCAUUGCUAGUGUUUGGACCUGCGGACAGCGGCAGUACGUCGUGCGUGGUGGACUUUUUGCAACGGUCGUCUGCCUUUGCCGCCCAAGGUUUGACCACACAAGACCGAUCGAAUAUCGUAGUCACGCCAGACAAGGCAGAAGACGUGCGGAUUUCAACUCAUCGGCUCACGACCACCUUGAUCAUCUCGUCGCUGGCAAGCAAACUCAAAACCAAACGAAACGAAUGUCGGUCGUCGGCGCGGUCGUCGUCGUGCGUGGUGGGCAAACCCGGACCUCCCACCCGCCCGCCAGACGCCGACGCUGCCGCCAGCGUCUGCUUUGAAACGGGGUCGUUUGUGUCGACUCGAAUCCAGUGCACGUCGGCUACGACUAUCGACGCGGUUAGUGCGACGGUCGAGCGGGUGAUGCAUCGCGAGCGCAAACAUGUGUACGAACCGCCGCCCGGGAAAGCGAUGGUGCUGUUCUUUGACGACUUGCACCUGCCAGACCACAACGACUUUCCAUCGCCCCACGCGUGGGUGCGAUCGCUGAUCGACCUCGCCGUCGUGUACAACCAAACAGAUACCAAGGGGCGUGCGAUAGAACGAACGCUGGUGGUUGCCACGUCCAACGACCAAGUCAUGGGCGCGUGGCAUCAGUCCCCAGCGACCUGUCAAGCGCGGUUGUUGUCUCGUUUUUUCCCGCUGCGGUUGGCGGGCUUGGAGGCCGACGAUGUGUCGCAGAUCCUGUCGCCGAUAGUCUUGGGUCAUUUCGAACGCACGGACCUACCCAGUCGCUACGUACAGCCGGUCCGACAUCAGAUCGGGUACCUCUUGGCGGUCACUAUCGACAUGUUUUUGAAAUUCCGGACGCUGGACGCACCCCUCGCGAGCGUAUUUUGCAUGGCCAAGCUCAUGACGAUGCUUGAAUUCUUGACUGCAGCCCCCCCUCUAACCCUCCCCGACCUGUCCGUCCUCCUUCGCUUGUGGCACCAUGAAACCCAACGAACGUUUGUCGACACCGCCAUCGCCAUUGAUCGGGGGGACGUCGUCCAGCAAGCCGUAGACCUCGCGUAUGCAUCGUUGUGCGAUCACAUCAAAGAAAAACCGACUUAUUCAACCUCCCGGUGGAUCUUCUUUCCCCACGGGUACAAUGAAAAGACCAACUUCCGCCAGCGCCAGGACUCGUUAGACAGCGCGCUGGUGUUGCUGAGUCCCGAGGAUCGAGCGGCAUCCAUAGGUUUAUACCGCCGCCGAAUCGUUGCGGCCGCAGCGCCUCCAAGUCUCGAGCGUGUGUCGUCGAUGGCGGACAUGAAGCAACUGAACUCGCCGCAAAGUAAAGUCGUCGGUCUUCAGCAGCGCCAAAACACGUUUGCAAAACCGCUGGCACCCAUGUUGCAGAGGAAGGAAAGCGCGAAUGGAAACUUGCACCAACGAAAGCAGUCGGGGAAAUUCGACCAAGACGCCCUAGGCAAUCGGUGGGUCUCGAGUCGCGGCGGACUGGCAAGUGGUGAAGCUGGCGGAUGGAACCGCCACGUAUAUGGGGAAUUGGCCAUUGAAGGCAACAACCUGCACACGGCGCUCCAAACCCAAAUGACUCGAUUUAGCAAGAAGGAUACGAUGGUGCUGUCUUUGCCCAUGGUGGAGCCCAUCGUGCAAUUGUGCCGCAUUUUAGGUAAACCUGGAGGGAAGGCCAUGCUCGUGGGCCCCCCUGGGCACGCCAAGCACUCGGUAGUCAAACUCGCGUCGAAAUUGAUGGACCAGCAGCAAGUUCACUUCGAGGCGUCGGUGCAUCCGUCAGCGUCGAAAGCCAAGUGGGUCGCGGCCCUCAAAGAAGUCGUGGCGAUCGCUGGAGUGCUUCAAACCGAUGUGACGUUUAUCGUCCAAAGUGCUCACCGCCUGCCGGACACGAGCUUGGAGCAACUUGGCUUUUUGCUCAAUGGACGCGAAAUCCCUCUGCUUUUUACGGCCGACGAACAAGUUGAGUUGGCGGACCGCGUCAAGGACGAAAAAUUGUUCGAGUUGAACGCGUUGCAUGCCAAGGAGAUGGAAAACCUGCGCUUCGAACUGUCUGUGGCCAAGCGAGCGGAGCUUCUCGCAAAGCACGACUUGGUACGCCGACAAAUCGCAGACUCGCGGGAGGUGCACAGCAAAACGGCCAAGGAGCGGGAGGUGGAAGCAAUGAUGGACCUGGAAAAGCACUUGAAUGCGCAAGGCCAAGAAAAGAUCGACGCGCUGAUGAGCGUCCAGCACAGCGCCAUGGACGACUUUCUUCGAAAGGUCGAAGCCAACGCAGACAUCCACAUGUCGGUCACCAUGGCGGCUGUGAAACCGUCGGGUGUCGUCAGUGGCAUUUGGAACGAGGUGGUGCAAGCCGCCGCGCAAAACCUCCGCGUCGUCGUGUGCUGUGAAGCGGCUGACGUCUCGGAUUUCGUCCGACGAGGGCCCAAGAUGUUCGCACAGUGCCAAGUGUGCUUGGUGCCUGCGUUGGAGUUUGGCACACUCAAACCAGUGAUUCACGGACGCAUUGAAGCGCAGUGGAAGGUGUUUCAGGAGCAAGAAACGCUCCUGGAAAGCACGGUGGUGCUGAAUCUGUUCGAGUUGAUCCAAUCACAAUUGGAUCAUGUGUCGACGCUGGCAGCGAAGCUGCACUUGGCGGCGAGUCGCGUGAUGCUGGCCAAUGGUGCAAAGGAUGCCGCUGUCAUUUCCUUGCACCACAUCCCCCUCUACGCUCGCAACAUUUUCGAUUCAAUCAAGCGGCUUCGCCUACGCAUGAAUCAACUCAUGACUCGGUCGCGGUCGUUCCUUGAUGUGUACCAAACCGCAGUGGACCAGGUCGACUCGGCUCAAACGCAGCAUCAACUCAAGCAACUGCAAAUUCAAUCCACGAUGCUGCAAAUUGGAGAGUACAAAUUGCACUUUGAAAAGAUGCAAGCCGAGGCUGAAGUGAUUCGAACGCUUAUGCGAAAGCAAAAAGCAGACGUUGACGAGCAAGUGAAAAUCACCACGGAAAUGGACAAGCUCACCAAACACGAGCUCAAAGACGCACUCAAGGUGCUGGACGAAGCCAACAAGUGCGUCGCCAACCUGGAUCGGCGAUACAUUAUGGAAAUCAAAACGUUUGUGAACCCGCCAGUGUUGGUGCACGUCGUACUGAACGCCAUGUGCGUCCUCUUUUCGGUCGAGCCAUCGUGGGACAAUGCAAAGAAGCUGCUCAGUGACGUGAAUUUCAUCACGUCGAUGCUCAAUUACGAAAAAGACAACGUUCCAGAAGCAAUCUUGAUCAAACUCGAACCAUAUUUGACCAACGAAAUGUUCAACAAGACUGAAGUGGAAAAGCAGAGCAUCGCGGCGAGUACCAUGGUAGUGUGGAUCAUAGCCAUCGACGCGUACAGUCGCAGUCGCAAACUGGUCAAGCCCAAGCUGGAUAUUUUGGACGCUGCGCAAGCCAAGCUGCGCGCCCUCGUGGCUGAGUUUUCCGAAUGCAAGAAAAAAGUCGACCAAGCAGACAAAGUCUCGAGCGACAUUGAAGAGACGAUCCAAGCUCGGAUGGAAGACAAGAAACUCCUCGAAGCGGAGUGCCAAUUGCUGGCGUCGUUUUUAGUGCAAGGCCACGCCGUGCUGAAAAUCCUUGGACCCGAACAACUGGUCCUGACAAAGCAUUUACACUCGAUGGUCGAGUACGAAGCCACACUUCUGGGGGAAGCGGUGGUGUCGGCCGCCGUCUUGACGUACGCAGGCGUGUUCUCUCGGGGCUUGCGCGUUCAAUUGUUUGACGCAUGGGCGGUCGAGCUGGCCAGUCAGCCCCUCCACAUCCACCCCACACACUCCAUCUUGAACGGCUAUGCGGGCCAACCGUUUGGGCUGUGGCUCAAAGUCGCAGGGCUGUUUCAUUCGCGCCACAGUCAACAGACAGCAUAUUUGUUGGCCCAUGCGUUGCCGGUGGUGCUGGUCACGUCGUUUUCUCCGCACAUGGAUUCGAUGCUGCGGAACGUGCUGCACGCCGUGGGGUGUAACUCAGUCGUGACAAAGUCUGCCCAGGACAAGGACGUGCGCAGUGUGUUGGAGUCGUGCAUUUUGAUGGGCCAACAGCUCGUCGUGCAUGAUGUCACCCCUCUCUUGUACAAAUCGAUCUUUCACGACCUCGUCGAAUGGGAUACGGAAUGGGUGGAUGGCGUCGAGCACCUGAUUUACGUUGGGCACACGCUCACGUUGAAGCGCGGUUUUCGAUUGGUCCUCACGGCCACAGCCCCGCUGGCAGAGUUUGGAUCUGACGUCUUCCACGUGGUGACGGUGGAUGCCGCCGUCUGCUGGGACGACAUGCAGAAUGUCUUGCUGGACGACAUGGAGCUCGCCAAUGUUGGCAAUGUCGACAAAACAGGGGGAGGGGGGGCGUACGAUUGCGCCAAAACCAUCAUGGACAUGGAAGUGGACUUGGAUCGGUCGUUUGAUGCGCUAUUGGUUCAUUUGCGCAACAUGAUACGGGAAGCCAAAUACGACGCUGCCCUCGUCGACUCGCUGGCCACCAUGUGCCACCAGAACGCCCAGCACCGCUCGACGCUGGACGACAGACGCCAAGAACUCGACAGAACGAUGGCCAUUCGAUCGGACACGAGCUUUGCUGCAGUCACCCAACUCGGUCAGCAGGUUUAUGCUGCCCUUCAGCGUCUCUCGACACUCGUGCCAGACCUUAUCCUGGCGUUGGAGCCUUAUGGGUUUCGCAUCUUGUUUAUCCAAUGCCUGGAAUCGUGUGGUACAGACGUACGGACCAAGGCAGCCGGGGCGAAGUGCUCGACACCAGGCGACGUGCUCCACAAGUUGCUCGAGGUGAUUGCGUUUACCAUUCCCCACGAGCAUUGGCAGUCGUUUUUGUUGCUCUUGGCCUUUGAAGUCCGCGCUGAAUCAUUGCAAGAUGCCGAGAAUCCCUCAGAAUUACCCUGUCCUGACUUCGUCCCUUGUGGUGACGACGACUUGGCUUCUAUCCCGCUGAAAGCACUCCAGCGCAGAGCGCUAGUCCCACCUCGCUGGAAUGCCAUUUUCACGGACGAAGCUAUCAUUGCCAUGUCCACUACCUCCACAGACCAACUAUUCCAGGCAUUCGAAGCGUGCACGCGGGACGUGAUGGUGAUCAAGAGGACGCGACAAGUGUCCAUAGCGACAAUGCAACCGUCGCAGUCGUCUCAAAUCGUUCCUUCGUGGCACGACGACUUGCCAUCACUAGUCAGGAUGCCGGCACCCUAUUUGUGUUUGGGGCUCCUAUUGCAGUGCCCCACCAAGACAUUUGACUCGUUUUGCGAGCAAUUGGCGCUGCACACGCUGGGGCUGGAACCAAAGGAGGCGGUGGCUCACCGUCGAUGGGGCCCCAAGGACUGGUACAAGAUGUUGAUCAACACACCGGAUGCAUGGUACUGGUGCGUGGCAUCGAACGCGGGCUUCACGACGUUGAGUCUGCUGCACGCCAUCAUGAGCACGAUUGUGCCUCGAGAGGUGUGGCCGGACGUGCUCAAGCUGCUCCUCCAACGCCCGACGGUCCACGCCUUGUCGUUCCAGGUGCCGCCCGACAGUGGCAGCAUCUUAGGGCACUUUGACUCGGUUCCGUCCAUGGUGCAAUUUGAAGGAUUCAACCCGUCGGCAUUCGAAACCCUCCAGUGGUUUGUGCUCGACAUGACCACGUCCGAGAAAUGGGACGCCGUCGUCCAGUACAACAAGAAAUUCCGACUCGACUACCGACCAGUGGGUCUUGUGCCACACCUCAAGCCCACACUGGGCAAACCCAUGCAUCAACGGCACGCAGCCGACGACGACAUGCAGUCAUCCCGCAUGCUGCACAUUGUACCCACGUCAAAAGCGCGGCCAUUCACGUUGGCCAACGUUCCCCUGGCCGUGCAGCCCAAUCGCUUGGUCCUCCACCCCCUUGAAAGCAACCCUUUCGCCACCGAAUUCCGACGGACACUGCUUCGACUCGUGUCGAUUCCGUUCUCGUCGGCUAUUGGUGACGCUUUGGAGCUUGUGAGUACCGACCCCGCUGUGCGCAACGUCGUAGCGAUCGUCCUGUGGCGGUUGUUUUGCGGUCUCGUGUUCUUUCACGCUGCACUUGUGGCGAGACAAGACAUGGUCGUUGGUCGUGCUGUGGACGUGGCGACGGUGGACGGCAGCGACUUGGUGCUCGGCGUGUACGUCAUCACAGGUCCCCUCUUGCAAACGAUUGUGCAGGUGUUUGUCCAUACGACCGACGACACGGACCCGUUGGACCAGCUCCACUGGCCAGCCAUUCACGACCUGUUCAUGCAGCAUGCACAUGGCCGAAAGUGCAUCACGCUUCGAGGACUGCAUCUCGUCCGAGCCCUUCUGCGCGACUGCGUAGGGUCGUACCUGUUGAUUCCCAACAGUCCGCCGCAACAGUCCAAGUUCCAGCUCCCCUUGCCAGCCUUUCAAGACAUGCUCAAGACGCCGACGCAGUCCACGGACGAGUACUUGACCGUCAUGUGUGCGUUCGCGUCGUCGUGCAAGUGGACCGUGGUGGACGUUGUGGUGCCGGCCCCCGUCCUGUCCAUCGACCUCCGCCACUUGGUGAUGUUGCCGCACUACCGCAACAUUCCACCUUUGCACUUGAAGCAGUAUCUGGUGGCCAUUGCCACGCACUGCUUGCAAUCCCUUCCCUCUGCCCUGCCGCUCAAAUUGCACCCGCGGAACGCCCUCGUGCAGCACCCACUGCGCCAAUUCCUCAAGACCGUUAUCCACGCCUUCCAUCGUCGCCGAGACGGGGUUGAGGCUGCCCUCCAACGCUUGGUUCUAGAUAUUACCCAAUACCCUCCAAUGACGUUGGCGGGUUUCGUGGCUAUAUCUACCAACAACAUCAACGAUGGUUCAAACUCCCUGGCGAGAGACUGCUGGGCCCUCGUGAUGGACCAACUCCCUGCCCGAUUGGCGACGCACACCCCUCCGUUGGAUAUGUCGUUGUCUGCAGCCGUCAAGCACUGGCAACUCACCGCAUCGUUUUUGACCAAGUGGUGGGACGAAGCGCACACCGAGUACUGGUGUCCUGCUAUUCUGGACAUGACGGACUUGAUGGCCGCGUUUGGGUUCACUCACAAAAUGGAGACCAAUACAGUGGCGAAUGUUUGUCAAUUGGCGUUUAUCGGACACGUGUACGCGAUGGACACGCCGCUGGGGGCGUAUCGAAAUCGAAACAACACGAUUUUGCUGACGGGGUUGGAGCUGCUGAAUGCUGCGCCUUCAUCCACGUCCCCAGGUCGAAUUAGAGAAGCACCAGGGGAAGCCAUGCCCGUGCAAGUGUUGUUAAAAGUCUCCUUGGACAACUCCGUGAAUCCUGCCUCAAAUGACACCAUGGAGUGUCCGAUGUUGCAGAGCCGACGCUCUAGCACUCCAGUGGGCACUGUGCCCUUGGAAAUUACCCCGUCGAUCCACGAGUGGGCGACAUGUCCGUACUUAGUGCUGACCCCCGACGUAGCCUCAUUGUAGCAGCCGAUUAUGAGGGAGCAGUAUUUAAUUCUAAUGAUUGAGUACGUAUUGAUUAUUGCA